AUGCUGCAUAGGACUUCUUCAUCGCAGAGGCGCCGCAGAGCGUCUAGAAGUGCCGCUACGUCUCCCCAGGCGCGGUCACCACGCGCUUCAGCACAGACUUCGAGAAGGGCAUCCCUAGCAACAACAGAGACUGAUGAUGAAUGUGAUCCCAUGCCACCACCACAGAGAAGCCCCCGGGCAAGCCUCGCCCCAGACGCCGCCUUAGACAUGUACCACCGCAGCCCGCGACACUCCCUCACCCCAGAAGCCAGAUCAGCACGAAAUUCCAUCACCCCAGAUGCCGCUUCUAACAUAAGAAACAAUCUUACCCCAUCUAGAAAUAACUUAGCUGUCGAAAUGUCAUACGGGUCUAGAUUAAGUUUAAAUCCCCAAGACUUCAACAGGAGUCCAAGAAACAGUAUAACACCAGACGCGACGGCCAGAACUCCUAGAAGAAGUUUGGUUCCUGAAGGUACGUCGUGGAACCAGCCAAGAAAUUCGUUAGUUCCUGACGUGGGACGUAGUCCGAGACAUUCUGUGGCAAGUAUACAAAUAGACCCUGCUAGAAGUCAGAAGGAAUUGGGACCCAGUCCGAGAACAAGUCCAAGGGGAAGCAUAGCGGCAGAUACGCCUAUGAAAAUGAAGGAGGGGCCAGAAGUUAGUCGAAGUCCGAGGGGAUCUUUAGUGCCUGAUUCUCAGAGGAGUCCUAGAGGAAGCAUUGCGCCUUCGGAGAGGAGUGCUCGAGGCAGCUUAGUGGCGAUGGAGGGAGACGCUUCGAGGGUCAGUCCCAGAGGCAGUUUGACGUUAACUUUCCAAGAACCAUUGGUGUCAAAAGAAAGGAGGGCGAGCGAAGACAGCCAAGCAGCAACCCGAGGUCGGAGCGUGUCUCCUUACCGAGCAUCGUUGGGGGGUCGCCAGAGCGGCACCGGAGCCCUGUCAGACACGGGGUCUAGAAGAGCGUCCAGUUCUGUAAGUCAGGUAUCAGGUGACGAACAGCGUCGUCUUUGUGGUGAGCAAGCGAAGUACAAAGAGCGGGCUGGCAUGGGGCUCGGCGUAGGCCUGACGACCUACGGUUCAGUAGCUUACCAGCUGAAAGACGCGAACAUGGAAGCUUCAGGGACAGUAGACUUCAUUUGUCGGGCUGCGAGGAUUAUGAACAGGACCAUUCUAAUGACUGUUUUCCUCGCAAUCCUGUCUACGUUGCCAGUCAUCAUGCUGAUUAUGGGUGUCCAGUACAUCCGCGAUUGCCCAGCUGAGCCCCGUAUCCCGGUGUACAUGGUGGUGGGAGGCGCGGCCGGCGGCGCUGGUAUCUGCUGGCUGCUGUGGGCGCAGCUCGCCAGCCGCAGUGUCAACAGCUCUGCCAGCGUGCCUGAGCGCGUGCUCGCCUAUACGCUCGCCGUCUUCCUCAUGGGAUGGUUUGGUUUCGGCAACCUGUGGACUCUGGGCAUCAUGUGGCCGGACUACGCUCCAACAUUGUUCGAACCCAACCAGUGGUGUCACCGCACGUUAUAUGUAUUCGCGCUGACGCAACUGGGUGUGGUGUGGGGGCUCGUGGCGUUGACGCUGCUGCUGCUGCUGGCGCUGGUGGUCUGCCAGGUGUUCGGCUGCGGCUGGCUCGGGCCGCCUCGGUACAAGUAGCAACGGCGAAGCGUCGUGCUCGAGCUAUGGCACAGGAACAUCAACAACACCAUGGACGUCGCCGG